AUUUUGCUCACAUCAGUUACCAUCCACUUUGUUGUGGCAAUAUUCGUAAAUAAAUUUGAAGAAAUUAUGGAACCAAUAAAAUUAGUAGCGCAUAACACACCAAAACUAUGGAAUAUUUUGCCGAAGGUAGUAAAACAAAAACAAAAAGCAUAUCCACUUCAGCCAAAAUUCUGAUAGCUGCAACCGGUGGAGUUGGUAUUGGGCUGAGUGUUAUCUGUGCGUCUUUUGUAGCACCUGCGUUUCGAAGAAUAUGUCUACCAUAUGUACCUGCGACAACAGAGCAGGUUAGGAAUGUGCUCAAUUUCUUACCUAAAAAUUCGCAAGGCAAACUAUUGGACAUAGGAUCCGGUGAUGGGCGCAUUGUUGUUGCGGCAGCGAAGCAUGGUUUCAAUGCAGAUGGCGUAGAACUAAAUCCUUGGUUAGUAUGGUAUUCACGUAUAUCAGCUUUAAGGCAUGGUGUCCAUAGGCAAACUCACUUCUAUAGACGAGAUUUAUGGAAAUAUAGCAUAACUCCAUACGAAUAUGUUGUUAUAUUCGGUGUAGAACAAAUGAUGCAAGAUUUGGAAAAGAAGUUAAUUGCCGAGGCACCUGGAAAUGCAAAAAUUAUUGCUUGUCGCUUUCCGUUACCGAAUUUACAACCGAAAAGUUUGAUAGAGGACGGAGUUAACACAGUUUGGUUUUAUGACUUAAAUAAGGCAAAAUCGCCUGACCGAACCACUUCAGCAUAAUUACCAGUGAAGAAAUAAAUAAAACAUGGGUGUAGGUAUUUAUUCAUAGAUUUUUAUUUUUGCACUGGAGUUACGCUAAUUAUAAUAAAAGCAUUAAAAUUUGUAAAGAGGAGUGGACAUAGCAAGUUAUUCAAAGUACUUACAUACAUAAAAAGUGCAUGACACAUUUACUAUACAUAUUUUAUAUGAUUAAAAUGGUUAUUGAGAUGUCAGUCAUAGAGCAAUACCUUUGCUUUAUUAAUACCAUGAAAUGAGUAU